CUGACGUUGAACUCGUUUCGAUCUUAUCAUUAUCACCAAAGACGUGAACUUUGUACGCCUGUUUUAAGUCGGUCUUCGUUGCUGUAUUAUUAUUAGAAUCAUAACUGAUUAGGUGUAGUUAAACAUGAUAAAGCAGCAUCGUUACAGGAUAAAACAAUUCAAACUUUACUUCGGAUGUGCCGUGUGUUUGACUUUAUUAGUGUUGGGCUAUCUAUUCGCUAGGCAUUCCGCGAAGUAUGAGAAGAAACACGAAGGUUUUGAGCCGGCGGAAGGAGUGCCGAUGGCGGUUGAGCCGAAGAAAGUGGCCUUUGUGGGAGAACGGAUAGUGCAUUUGGAUUUAAAAGGUGCCCCGCCUAAAGUUGUUUACUACAAAUAUUUGUUUCCGCUUUUGAAGCAACUGGGAGCAACUGGAGUUCUCGUGGAAUACGAAGACAUGUUUCCUUAUUCCUCCGAGUUACAAAACAUAACGGCUCUAAAUUCGUACACCAUCGAUGACGUGAAAGUUAUAAAUGAUCUAGCGAAGGAGCACCAGUUGAAAGUUAUACCGUUAGUCCAGACUUUCGGGCAUCUGGAAUUCGUUUUGAAGUUACCAAGUUACAAGGAUUACAGAGAAGUACCCGAAUAUCCUCAAGUUAUUUGUCCGACGUACGAAAAAACCGAAAAACUCAUCAAAGAAAUGAUCAAACAAAAUAUAGAAGCUCAUCCAGACAGCACCUACAUCCAUCUAGGAGCAGACGAGGUCUAUUUCCUCGGCGUCUGCGACAAAUGCGUUCGCACAAUGACCACGAAUUCUCUCGAUAAGAACAAACUCUUCAUAACAUACAUCAACAACCUAGCAAAAUUCAUCAAAAAAACCUAUCCUCAAUUCACCGUUUUAAUCUGGGACGACCAAUUGCGAUCCAUUACUCCGGAAGUUUUAAAAACCGACGACUUCCACCAAAACGUCCAACCAGUCGUCUGGAAAUACACCAAAGACGUCUUCGACGACCUAGGACCCAGCCUCUGGAACAGCUACCGCAGCGCCUUCACCAACCUCUGGAUAGCCAGCGCCUUCAAAGGAGCCAGCGGCAGCAACGAAAUCGUCUCCUACGUCACCCACUAUCUCCAAAAUCACAGAAGCUGGAUGAGCGUGGUAGCCGAAUACGGCACGCAGUUCAACUUCCAAGGAAUUAUUAUAACAGGUUGGCAGCGUUACGAUCACUUCGCCGUGCUGUGCGAAUUGCUACCGGCCGGGAUGCCGGCCUUGGCGAUGUGCCUGCGAUUGCUGCGAGGCUUCGACGAGUCGCCGUUGAGUCCGCCCACGGAGGUGGCGAGGAGCUUGAAGUGCCAGCAGCCGUACGCUCUGAUUGGGCCGGUUUUCGGUACGCCGAAAUGCACCUUUCCAGGCGGCGAUGUUCUCGAGAACCUCAUUAGGUUCCAGCAAUUGAGGCAGGAGUUCGAGGCGAUCGGCGAUAAGUCGAGAUUCAAAGGUUGGCUGAGCGAGUAUAACGUGAAACAAUGUUUUUCUAAUCCCAUUUACGUGGAAUCGAUAAUGAAUUCGAUUGGUAGGAUUAGAGAUGAUGUUUUCGAGUUGAAGCUGGAUCUGAGCGAAUCUUUAGGCACGAUUUACGAUGAGUUUACUGUUAGGGAAUGGAUGGAUACUUACUUUGUACCGUUCGAGGAUCAAUUGGAAAUUUUAUGGAAAGCUAAGAGUAAAUUACUAACUACAAGAGUAUGGAAUAGAAGACCUCUUAAUGGAAGUAAUUGUGACUUAAAUUGAUCAAUAAAAUGUUUGAAAUUAUUUGUAUUGUUUU